AUGUUUUUAGAAACGUUUAUUGAGACAUCAGUUAAAACUUAUAUAUAUGAGAAUAUAAAUUCUACUUUUGUUUAUGGGAUAAUUGUUGGACAGGAAUAUUCAGAUGCACUUUAUAUACCAUAUAUUGCAAAAACUCCUGAAGAUACUAAUGCUAAAACAAGAAAGGAUAGAAAAAAUGCUCUAGAGAUAUCGGAGGAUUCUUUAUAUAAUACUUCUUGGAUUUGGCAACAUUCUAAACAAGCAAAUAAUAUGUUACCUGGAGGACUUGAUAUUAUUGGAAUAUUUGUUAUUGGAACAUCUGCUUUUAUAGAUUCUAAUUUAAAUUUAUUUAAACAAACCUUACAAGGACUUGUAAAAAAUAUUCAAAAUUUUCAAAUUAUACCACAAAAUUUAUUAUCGUCUAAUAAAAUGCUAAUGAAAAUUUCAACCGAUCUUGAUAAAGAGGCUUUUAUAAAUAUAUCAGCUUACCAUAUAUCUGAAUCAAAUCAAAUAUUAGAUUUCACAGAUUCUAUCAAAUGGAGUUAUAAAAACUUCUGUACCAAAUGGUGUCAGAUAGAUAGUAAUUUACUAUUGGAUUGGAAUAUUUUGCUUGAUAUAAAAAUUAAUAAGAUUAAUUCUACAACUAGAUAUACUGAUAAUACCACAUUGAGGAACCAAUUAAAACAAGGAUUGAAAUCAUUUAUUAACUCACUGAAUCCUUCUUAUAGUAAUGAAAUAAGUGAUGCCAGCAAUCCAAAAGCCGCCACAUUUUUAAUCAAUGAUAUUCUAUUGAACCAUCAAUCUGCAGAUAUGGAUAAACUGAUCAGCGAUUAUGCUCCAAAUCUUGUGAACCUAGAGAAUGAUAGAAUAAAGAGCGAUAGUAAGCCAUAUAAGCAAUCUAGUAAGAAUAAACAAAAGGACUCCAUUUCACAUUCUCCUUAUAACAAAAGAGACAGUUUUUUGGAUCAUGAUACAAAAUAUGAUAAUCGGUUUAUUAUUGACAUUUUAACGACUCUGCCCUUUAAUAAGGAAUGCUCACCCAAACAAUUUGAUAACAAAUACCCUUGUUUUUUAUUUUCGAUGAAUGGUUCUUUAGCUGUAAGAGCAUACGUUCCUCCAAAUGCAACCGUUAAACAAGCAUUAGAGGCAUUUUUCAAAGACAUAACACGAAGUCUCUCCGCUCGUUGUGAAAUUAUAGUCGACGAAGAGGAAACCUACGAACAUGAAAGAGAAUCGAAAACAUUCUUUGAAACACCUUCGAGAGUUUUUGCCCCCUUAAGUACGACCGGAUUAACGAUUUGCGAUUAUAUAUUUCGGGGAGAGGAAUCUUGCGAAUGCCUUGAGCCCUUGAAAGAACUUUUGGAUUUAAACAUAGAAGUUGGGCAGAUAGAAUCGGAUGUGGAAAAAUUUUCUGAUCCUUCGGAAAUAAGCUUAACUCCGCUAGCGUCAACCAUGUCCUUGUACGAAAAUAAUUCGAACACAAACCUAGAAAAAAUUACUCAAUACACAAAUAAUAUUUUACCACGAUCAAUCAACUAUAACACUAUUAUGACGAUCGUACUCCCAAUAGUUUUACUGAUUUUAGCUUACCUCUUCAAAAAAUUUAGCGUUUUGAUCUUUCCACCGCCACCAGAAUAAUUCCACAAACAAUUCAUCUUUAAUAAAAUAUUUAAUUCAAAUUUAUAUUAGGAUAAUUUAUUACAAUUCGGAAAUUUUUUAUUUUUCAUAAUAAUCAUAGUGGGAAAAGACGAUCUUGUAAUAAAUAGAGUAAUAGACCGAAUCUGCUCUGUGAA